ACAUUGCUUCCUCUUGCUCGACUUUGAUCUCCUUAAAAUGGCGUCGGAGAAGAAGCUCUCGAACCCGAUGAGGGACAUUAAGGUUCAGAAACUUGUUCUCAACAUUUCCGUUGGUGAGAGUGGUGAUCGUCUCACUCGUGCCUCCAAGGUGUUGGAACAGCUCAGUGGUCAAACCCCUGUCUUCUCUAAGGCGAGGUACACUGUGAGGUCUUUUGGUAUUAGGCGUAAUGAGAAAAUUGCGUGUUAUGUGACUGUGAGAGGUGAGAAGGCAAUGCAGCUUCUUGAGAGUGGUUUGAAAGUUAAGGAGUAUGAGCUUCUUAGGAGGAACUUUAGUGACACUGGUUGCUUUGGAUUCGGUAUCCAAGAGCACAUUGAUCUUGGAAUCAAGUAUGAUCCUUCCACUGGUAUCUACGGAAUGGACUUUUACGUUGUCCUUGAACGCCCAGGAUACCGUGUGGCUCGUCGCCGAAGAUGCAAGGCUCGUGUUGGUAUUCAGCACAGAGUAACUAAGGAUGAUGCAAUGAAAUGGUUCCAGGUCAAGUAUGAAGGAGUUAUUCUCAACAAGUCUCAGAACAUCACUGGUUAAAAAGUCUUUUGAUCUUUAAAGAUUUUUGUUGAUUCUAGCUUAUUUUAAGUUGUUAUCUUUGGAUGUUAAAGAAUUUCUUGUUGUAGUAAAACCUUUUUGACGUG